AUGGCCGCCACAGGCAACAUUUGUUCUUUUGAAUUUGCACCCUUCGAGGUGAAGCAACUCGAGGACACGUUCCAGCGAUUGGAACAAGAGGCCUUGACCGGCAAGGAGCAUCGGCAGAAGUGGGAGGAGGAACGGCUCAAGUUGAGGGAAGAGGUAUUGGAAGUGAAAGGUGACAAGUUGCAGAUGAAGGAAGCUCUCGUGGUGUUGAGGGAGGAGCUGAUCGAACUGAAGUCCAGUCUGAAGCCGCAGAACAAGCAAGAAGAAUGCCAGGCUCCAUCCGUGCAAAAGUCUGCGGCUCUCACGACUGUUACUUCUGAAGAUGAAGACAGCGAUGCUGACUCUGGGUCUAUGGUCACAGACUGCUCCAAUGACUCAUGGAUCUUUGUGACUUCAGACCCAUGCUGCGUUGUGCCGGAGACCUGUUUUGAGGUCAUUUGCCAAGACUUUGGAAAAGCCUUCGUUCCGGCCAGGUCUUUGUUUCAAGGAGCCAAAGUGGUCGCCGCCAAUGGAAGAGAUGUUGUCGAAGUGCUUCACCCUCCGGAGCAGCAUCAGAUCCCGUCCGUCAUCGAGCUGCACGCAGGAAACACGUGUUUGGUGGUGAGCCCAGAUCAUCGCAUCAGCGUCCCUGGAAGUAAGACUGUGAAGGCCGAAGACUUGCGCCGAGGGAGCAAAGUGAUCCUGAAAGAGACCGAAACCACCCUUACACAUGUGGAAAGGAAGAAUGAACCAACUAUCGUGCUAAAGUUGGCCUUUAAGCCGGAUCAUCCAGUGGCUGGGUUCACUCCGCAAGAUGCCAUCCUCAGCAAAGGUUCUCGUGAUAGACCUCCAGUGCGCCGUGGCCUGAAGAGGAAGAAGGCUUUGCCAAAAGCUCAUAGUGGCCACAUCAUGCCAGAUGCCGAGAACCGCCAGACCUCACAGGCUGAGGAGGAUGAAGCUGUCCCGGACGACGGUCAUGGCCACGCCUCGUAUGCUUCGGAUGGGCGCACUGUCCCAGUCGACUGCCAAAGCUCCGGCAGUCUUCGCACUGAUGACAGUUUGACAUUGAAAUAG